GGCGCCGACCCUUUAAGGCAUCUGCUCACGUGCUCCGCCAGGGGGCGGGGCCAAAGGCCGGAAGUCGCGCGCCGCCACCUCAGCUGGGCGUCGUUCGGGGCGCUGAAAAAGGGAGCUGCUGCCGCCCGGCCCGCCGGAAACAUGGCGGGCAUCAAAGCUCUCGUGGGGCUGUCCUUCAGCGGAGCUAUCGGGCUGACGUUCCUCAUGCUGGGCUGCGCCCUGGAGUACUACGGUGUUUACUGGCCUAUGUUUGUCUUAAUAUUUUACUUCAUCUGCCCCAUUCCCCACUUCAUUGCCAGAAGAGUAAGUGACGACAGCGAUGCAACCAGCAGUGCCUGCAGGGAACUGGCGUAUUUCUUCACAACUGGAAUUGUUGUUUCUGCUUUUGGCUUUCCCAUCAUCCUCGCCCGGGUCGAAGCGAUCAAAUGGGGAGCCUGUGGUCUGGUCCUGGCUGGCAAUGCAGUCAUUUUCCUUACUAUUUUAGGCUUUUUUAUUGUGUUUGGUAGAGGAGAUGACUUUAGCUGGGAACAGUGGUAGGACCUCGCUCUGAUGCUGGUAAUGUUUUGCAGCAUACGUCACCCAUAUGUAUACUGUGCGUGUGUCUGUGUGUAUACAUUAUUACAAAUGUGUGUGCAUAUGCAUGCAGUUUUACAUUAUCACGUCCUAACAUGCUUUUUUUUUAAAGUGUGUCAGCCAAAGGGGAAGGAUCUUUGUGACAGCUCUCUUAAUGUAUUCAGUAAAAGUUGGGCUCACUACUGCAAAUCUGUCCACAAAUAAGUUUGCAGAACACAAACUGUUUUUACUCAUUUUUCAGUAUUUGUGCAUUAACUUCUGCUCUAAUCAGUUUCACUGAUACAUGAGAUGUUGAUCAGCAUGUCUACUUUUUUUUUAUUCCAAAACCCAUAUAAUUAAAGUAGAUUGAUAUAAAGAUUAUCCUGCUUACUGUUGCUUACCUUGAUUGUCUUUCUGCUCUGAUUAAGGAUGAAUGAGUACUUGCUUUUCACUUGAGUAACUGUAAUUCUAGUUGUUUUUUCUGAUGGCAUACCCUGUUUGUUUUUAUGUUAACUCUUACUACCUGAUGGAAGAAAAAGAAAACCCUGGUUAAAAAUCAAUGGUGUUCAUUUAGAAUCUACAUUGUUUCUUUUCCCUAAGAUACUCUGGUUUUGUCACCCUUCAUCUUAAUGACUGUGGAUGUAUUUUGGGAAUAAUCUAAUGUAUUUUAAUGCUCAGAGUUGGCAUUACUUCUCUCAUGAAGGCUCACAGAGGAAGAAACUACUCUCAGGACACUUACAGUCACAAUACAGUAUACAGCUCUGUAUUCCUGUGUGUGAAGUGCCUGAAUUGCAAAGAAGUGAGUGUUCUGCUGGGCAGGACUUAACUCCUCCAUUCUCAUUGCUUUGAUAACAUACUUACUCAAACUAUUAUUUCUUGGCUGUAAGAUUGUUGUAUUAAAACACUAUAUUUUUAUGAUGGCAUUAUCCUAGUAAGCAUUCUCAUAAUCUCAUUUAUGAAAGUUAAUCUCAUUUAUAAAAGUUAACUUUAUUACUGUUUUGACUAGCUGAAGCCUUUGAUUUAUGGAGGCAUGUAAUUUUAUAAAAAUGCAUUCUGGUACAGCCCUAACUCUAGAAGACACUUCAGUAAUCUGCUAAGGGGCGAAGGAAGAGACGUGUUAGUUUUAUUCUUUCCUAGGGAAGUUGACAUAGAGAUUCCUGUUUUGUGAAGUAAGAAACCAAUUUCCCCGUAUAGGGUAUGUUUUAUUAUCGAGGGUUCUUCAGAUUAGCAGAGUGCAGAUGGGUGUUUUAUAAUUUGUGUUAGUUCGUGGCUGACUGCUGUGGCCCAGCGUAGCUGUGAGGGACCUUCUGCAAGGAGGUGACAGAACCAACUCUGCAAGAUGUGGCAGCUUCACUCAGACAAUACCUUUUGCCCACUAGGUUGUAUGAGAGUACUUACACUGGUCUCCAAACUCUCAUUACUAGUGUACUGCAGAAUGGUGUCCUGUGGUUUGCUGUGCAGAGCAAAGGUUAAAAAAUGAAUGAAUAUUACAUGAGCACUCAUACUCUGUCUUCUUGUUCAUGCUCAGGGCCCUGCUAAAAGGGUACAGAAGUCAUUCUGUGGUCCAAGUGAUGUAAUAGCAUUCAAAUGUAGAGUAUCUUGUUUCAGGAAGGCAAAUAAUUCCUGUAUUUGACUAAACGGAAAACUGUUAAUUAGUUACUUUAAACUUAAACAGAUGUGUAUAUGUUGAGCACUUCAGCGUUGAGGAAUGCUGAGUAGUUGCAGCUGACACUGAAGUGUGUCUGCAAUGCCAUGCCUGUAAAAGAAGAGUUAAUGUUACAAGACAGGUUUUCUUCUGGAUGCUGGUGCUUCAUCGCAGGCAUAGCAGGAACAUGCUUGUUAAGAUGUGAGCAAGUUGUCUGACUUCAAGUGAAAUUUACCAUAUAUGCUGAUCUGCAAAGUACUGUUGUUCUAAUUAUUAGCUGAGUUAUUUAGAGUAAACAUAGUUUCUACAGAGGUCCUGCUUUGAUAUUUUUUUUUGAAGAAUUCACUUUUUUUCUCCUUUACUAUGACACUUUUAUUCAAGUUGGUGAAGUAAAACAACAGUGAUACAUAACUCGAGUGCCUGAUCCUGCACACAGCUGAAGUCUUUGCUAAACAUUCCAUUUGACUCCAAUUAAAGUGCUUGUGGCGUUAGGUUCUUGAAUGUUUUCACUCCUCAGAAUUUGUGUACUUAAGGCUGCAACAGAAGUCUACAAAGCUACUCAGCUACCACUGAAGUUUUGCUUUUGAGACAGGUGGAGCAAGGAGAAAAAGCUCACAUCAGUUUUUCUUUCAUUUAAAGAACAGUUAUUGUAGAAUCUGUUUUCCAUCUAUUAGUAAAUGGUUUGUGUGUGGCAGAUAAGGAUUGGGAUCCAGUUGGGAUGCAGGCAGUAAACAUGUGACAAUCUAAAGUGAAAAGGAGGACUAGGAAUUCAGGUGUAGCGUUGAGGAGGUGUUGCUUCUUGGAGAAUUGUUCCAUUGCACUGUGUUUCCUUUGGCGGUUGCUGUGGUCAGCACAUACCUCGUGAAGUGGCAGGGAGAUACGGAAAGAAGAAAGUGAAGACUUCUGAAGCAGCUGCGUGCACUAAUACUUAAUGUGAACUUCGUGCAGUCUUCGCCAUGGACGCUUGUUUUAAAUUGUUUUGACUUUUAAAAUCGUAUUUAAUGGUGUUUCAGUAACGAAAAUCUUCUUUGACCUCUUCAGAAGCAAAUUUGCUUGAACGAGUUCAGUGUUUAAUAGGGUCAAAAAACCUUCUCAGUGCAUUUGGGGUUUUGUUUGCUUGUUUUUACCAAGAGCUUCACUCAUUCACACCAACCUGGUGCUCUGAUGGCCAGUACUGGGCGUGCUGUCACUCACUAUCAGUAGUGAUAGAUAGUGGUUUCUCUGAAAUUGCUUUCCUUUAUGGAAGUGAAUGCUAUAUAUCCAAAGUGCCUUAAUUUCAACACUAUGCUGACUUUGUGAAUGCAUUAUAACAUGGAAAUACCAUUUUCAUAAUCAACUGAAAAUCUGUUAUUGCAUUUUUAUAAAUCUUCCUUGCCAAUUAACCACAUUUUCUGUAAUUCACUAUGCAGUGCAGUUUUUGUAACUUUUGUAAACGCUAUUUGUGUUUUUUUUCCUGUGUUUGCCAGGUUCUUGAGAUGAAGUGUUAAAACAUACCCUGCUUUUCUUCUUGAAUUGUCUAAUAAAACCGAGUAAACGCAC